CGCUGUAUGUGGAUGCCAAAUGCACUGAAGAAGCAGCCUUGCCGUUUGUUCUUUUGUUUUAAUUUUUGCCGUUUGCGCUAUUACGGCUCUUGUCGGUUGCGGUGUCUACAGAAGCCCCUCGUUUAAAACGCAUUAAUUGAGGUCUGCUCGACAACUCCGACCCAUUCCGCCGAACUAGAACACACUUUCCUUUCAUUGGUGGAUGUCUCUUUGUCGAAACAAGGAAGAGAACCAUAAAAAUUAUUUUUCAAUUUGGCGCUUUUACUCAUAUAUAAUGGUAGCAGUCAACCAUUGUUUCAUUUGCGAUUGGCUCCUCCUAAUUCAAUCUUCUUUUCAUUCGGUGCCGAAAAUCAGAUAGACCCAUUUGAUAACUUAAAACUCAAUACCAUGCUUUACUUCAUAAUUUCUUGUGUAUCAUUCAUCCUCCUCUCCAAGUCUUUCACUCACAAGCCACUCCCUCCAUGGAAGGGUGAGAUGAAGCUGUUGUUACCUUGGUGUUGGGGGGAGUUAUCAAGUUUUCUUGUGUCCCGGAUCAAGAAAAGAAGGCUUGCUAAUAUUUCCUUUCAAGUACCCAUGUUCAUGCCAUUUAAGAAGAUGGGUCUCAGUUCAAAGGUAGAGCAUGUUGAGGAAGAUGAUAGUUCUCUCUUGGAUUUGCCUGACCUGGCCUUGGAAUGCAUUCUUGACCGGCUUUCGCCUUCUGCGUUAUGUAAUAUGGCAGCAGUCUGUAGUUAUUUGAGGGAUAGAUGCAGAACAGACCAUUUGUGGGAGAAACACAUGAAACACAAAUGGGGUAAAUUGAUUGGUGAUGCUGCUUAUCGAGAAUGGCAAUGGCAUGUAGCCACAAGCCCAACCCUCUUGGAUCAAAGCAAGAAAAAAGGGUUUUUCGAAUCCCUCUCAGGGUUAUGGGCUUUUUUUUGGUUUAGACCCAAGUUAGAAAGCAGCAGCCACGCAAGGAGUUAUUUACAGGUUGAUUCGAUCAUGGCUUGGUAUCUCUCUCUUGAAAGUGGCAAGCUAUGGUUUCCGGCUCAGGUCUAUAAUCGCGAGAAUGGUCAUGUUGGUUUUAUGCUGUCAUGUUAUGAUGCCCAACUCAGAUAUGAUUCGCGGACUGACACUUUUCAGGCAAGAUACUCACCUCAUGGGCGGCGGACAACAGAGGAAAAUAUACAGUGGGAUAGGCUAAGAGCACCACCAGUUGAUACUCUCCCGCAUGUUCUUCAUGCCUCUGAUUGUUUGAGUGACUUGAAGCCCGGAGAUCAUAUUGAGAUCCAGUGGAGAAGAAAGAAAGAAUUCCCACAUGGUUGGUGGUAUGCUCUCAUUGGUCAUUUGGAACGCUGCAACGGGAAUGAGGAUCACUGCCGCUGUCAUCAUAAUGUUUCUCAUGUUGUUGACAGACAAUGUGAUAUUGGAGUUCAACCAGUAUACCCCUGGCUCACGAUGGAGACGGAUGGUGAUAAACAGGAAGGAGCAUCAGGAGGAAGGCAAUGAAGCAGAUGGCUUUUAUGGUGGAAUUAGGAAGCUUUAUGACAAGGAGGAGAUUGCAAGGUGGAAGCGUCUUUGGCCAGCUCAAAUCUUGGGAUAGAAUAAGGAAUGUCCACCCUUACUCAUGACUACUUUGUAAAUAAGCUCCCUCUUGUUUUUUCUCUAGAGUUGUGUUAAAAAGAGCUCAUUGUCAUAGAAGUGAUUCAAAGAGGAUGAAGAUUAGGCUUGAUUAUUUCGGUUCUCCACAGAGAAGCCUUGAACAUAUGCAAAUACAGUGUACCAUAUAUUACCAUAACAUUAUAAUUUCCCAAUGAAAGUUUUACUCAAAUAA